AUAAUUUGGUCAAAAACUGUUCAAAAGUCGAUUUUUUGAGGCUGUCAUGUCUUCCGCCAAACAAGUUCCGAUAUCCUGGCUGGAUUAUUUCAUCACCCCAAAAUGCUACAACAAACUUUUUGUUGACCGACAACUGGAGUCUGAAUGUUUGAAAGCCAUUAUCAGUAAGUUCUUGGGCUAUCUUAUUAUUUUAGGAUCAAUUUUAGUCAAAGUUCCCCAGAUCCUAAAAAUAGUGAAGGCCAACAGUGCAGAAGGCCUAAGUUUGGUGGGAAUAGUCCUAGAAUUAAUAGCUGUUUCCGGGACAUUGGCAUAUAGCUAUGCUAACAAUUUUCCAUUCAGUUCUUACGGAGAGGCGGCCUUUAUGACAUUUCAGCAAAUCAUAAUAAUGUAUCUAGUAGUGCUCUACGGCCAAAACUUCAGGACAGCCGUCAUCUACACCUCGGUCUAUGGGGUGGCCCUCGGAUACCUCAUGUCACCCCAGGUGCCCCUACAUCUACUUACCCUCUUACAGGCGUCCGUUGUUGCCCUCAUUGUUUUUAGUAGGCUUUCGCAAGCACUGACCAACUACCAAAAUUCUGGCACCGGUCAAUUAUCAUUCGUGACGGUUUUCUUACAAUUUGCCGGGUCCUCGGUUCGAAUCCUCACAUCCCUGCACGAGACUGGCGACCCGAUGACCAUCUUCAUGUUCGUGAUGUCCAGCUUCACUAACGCCAUCCUGUUAGGACAGAUAAUAAAGUAUUGGAAUGGGCCAGGAAAUAAUACUAAUGUUGCGGUUGUUGGUUGUGUUGAUGGGGCUGCUGAUGGCGUGGCCAUUGGGGGUGACAGUCAUAGUGUGGGGGUCAACAAUAACAACAAUAAGGGUAAAGGGAAAAAGGUCAAUUGAGUCGUUUGGUUGAUUGGCUAAUUGGUGGGUGUCUUUGAAUGAUGAUUAUGACUUGUAUCAAUUCAAGUCGUCGUAUCGUUUCUCAUUCAUCCUUUCAGUGAAUCUACCCCUCGUUCAUUUCUUCAGUCGUUAAUUUAUUCAAUCAUUCAUUGUCGGGUGUUAACUAAUUCUCACGUUAAUAUUUUCGUUGUCAUCACUGUUGUUAUUAUUAUUAUUAUUGUUAUUAUUAUUAUUGUUAUUAUU